CAGCCACCGAUCAAAUAAGUUAUAAUUUGAAGCUUUUUGGUAUUGAAAAAAAUUAUACAAAUAUGAAUUUAUUUGGUGACGGCACUGUUCAACAUCUCCGUUGUUUAUUCAACGUUACCUUUAGCUCAUGAGCGUUAGUAUGGAAUGUAUUAACUGCUUCGUUCUUGGACUUUAACUAGAAGAUUUUGUUGUCAGAUCACAUUUUUAUGUUCUAUUUAAAUAUAAUGUGGGGCUUAAUGUAGAUUUAUCUUUAAUCAAAGCGAAUCACCAUGUUCCAAGGUUCUGGUUUCUCUGGAGCUUCAACUGCCUCUCCAUUUGGGCAAUCUGCUUUUGGGAAACCAGCUACUUCAGGUUUUAAUGCUCCAGUCUUUGGAUCAACUGCAGGAACAUCUUUAUUUUCUGGAACUACCACUCAGCAAUCAGGAGGUCUUUUUGGUUCUACUACAACACCUGCUUUCGGUCAGCCACAAACUACCCAACCAGCCUUCAGUAGUACUAGUACUGGUUUGUUUGGAACUCAACAAAAUGCUGCUCCAAGCACUGGGAUUUUUGGCUCCUCUACUUCAGCAUUUGGGCAAGCUAAGCCUGCUUUUGGAUUCGGAACUCAACAGCCAUCUACAGGCCUAUUCGGGCAGCAACCUCAGCCAGCACAAUCUCAACAACCUUCUUUAUUCGGUCAACCAGCAGCACAGACCAAUACGGGACUGUUUGGCGGCUCUACAGCCUUUGGUGGAACUGCAACAACUGGUGGAACGACGAUCAAAUUUAAUCCUGUAACUGGAACAGAUACUAUGAUAAAAAAUGGAUCAAGUACCAACAUUAACACUCGAAAUCAUUGCAUUACUGUCAUGAAAGAAUAUGAGGGCAAAUCUUUGGAAGAACUUCGUCUUGAAGAUUAUGCAGCUAAUCGCAAAGGUCCCCAACAGGGUGCUCAGGGCUCACUAGGCCUUUUUGGUUCCACUGGACAAAAUUCACUUUUUGGAGCAAGUACAAGUGCAGGUUUUGGAACUGGCACUACUAGUGUAUUUGGAACAGGAAGUUCCACUCUGUUUGGAAAACCAGCUGGGACUGCAACAGCCUUUGGAACACCAACUGCCACUACCACCAGUACUUUUGGAUUCAAUACAACCACUCCUUCGAAUCCAUUUGGUACCAAUGCAGCUCAAAAACCUUUUGGAACUACUACUCAAACAAAUCUUUUUGGACAGACAACUCAGCCUUCUCAAGGGUUUGGUGGAACAUUGGCUCAGCCUACCACGGGUUUUGGUGCUUUCGGUACUCAACAAAAUACUGGUCUUUUUGGACAAAACAAGCCUACUUUCAAUCUUGGAGCGAAUACCAGCAGUGCUUUUUCUUUUAAUCAACCAGCUACAACUAGCACAGGAAGUUCUUUGUUUGGAACCAAACCGACACUGAGCUUUGGAACUUUUGGGACUCCAACUGUUACAUCGACAGGCUUUGGAACAUCAGCUUUUGGAACUACAAACCAGAAUACUUCUGUUUUUGGUAAUAACUUCAAACCAACUACUUCCUUUAAUUUUGGAAGUACAGCAACUACGAACACACUAGGCUCAUCUAACCUUGGUGGUGGUGGUUCUGUAUUUGGAAAUAAUUUAUGGUCAAAUAAUAAACCAGGAGGUUUGCUCGGACAAACGAAUACUGGCUUGUUCGGAGGAAGCACUUUUGGAAAUACAUCCACCAAUUUUGGAAAUACUGGCUCGACAACCUUGGGUGGUUUAGGAAAUACAUCAUUAAACUUGGGUGGACUUAAUAAUCAACAAAGUGGACUUGGUGGUAACCAGACAUCUUUGUUGAAUAAUCCAAUAAAUCAGCAUAUGUUAGCAUAUGCUUCCAUGCCGUUUGGAGAUUCACCUUUGUUUAAAAAUCUUUUACCUCAAACUGGUAAAGCAGAUGAAUUAUUAAAACCUACCAGUCCAGCUGCGCAAAAAGCAAUAAUAACAGGACAAAACUUCAAAGCAUCUCCAAAAAAUAAUUCCAAAAUCAAAGUCAUUCCUCUAGAAUCCAAUACGAAGAAAUCAUUAUUCGAUGGAUUAGAUGGAGAAGAAGAGCCAACUGCAAAUGAUAUAAUGAAUAACUAUGGUAUUCGACCCAGUCCAAAGAGAUUAAUAUUGAAAAAUAAACAGCAUUUUGACAUUUCUACCAAUGGAAUCUAUCAAAGAAAUUCUGUCAGUGAAUUAUCUCCAAUAAUAAAAACUAGUCCAAGGUUUUCUUUGCGGACACCUAACUCUGUUCGGAUAAAUGUGCAAGUCAAUGGAGAGGCUGAUUUAUCUGCAGCUAACUUUUCUGAAACUAAUCGUGAAAACACUCCUAAACAAUCCAAAAAAUCUUUAGAUUCUAACCCUAUGGAAAAUACUAUGGCAGAAUUAUGUCCUGUCAAAGAAAAAUCUAAUAGUCAGAGCCAAAGUCUUCAAAUCAGCUCUACUUCACUCAAUGGAGAAAGCUUUAAUAAAACUGAUUUAACAGAACAACCCUCUACAACUUCAAGCUCAGUUGAAUCUGAAGUAGAAGAUUCUGCUCCAGGUGUUUUGGAUGAUAGUGGUAAUCCUCACCCAACCGGAGUUAUAUUAAAGAGGCUCGGUUAUUAUACUAUCCCUCAUCUAGAUGCCUUAGUCGAUCAUGUUGAUAGCGAAGGCCAUUGUAUGGUGGAGAAUUUUACAAUUGGUCGUUUAAACUACGGAAAUAUUUUUUAUCCCGAUCCUAUGGACAUAGCAGGUCUUAAUCUGGAUGACAUAGUUCAUUUCCGACACAAGGAAGUUAUUGUAUAUCCUGAUGAAAAUCAGAAACCUCCUGUUGGUGAAGGCCUAAACAGAAGAGCUCAAGUGACUUUAGACCGAGUUUGGCCUAUAGACAAAACUAACAGGCUUCCUAUUACCGAUCCUCACAGGAUAGAUGCUCUUGACUAUGAAAGUAAACUUAGGCGUGCCUCUGCUAAGCACAAAACUACCUUUGUUGAAUAUCGACCCCAAACUGGUUCAUGGGUGUUUAAGGUGGAUCAUUUUUCCAAGUAUGGAUUGAGUGAUUCUGACGAAGAAGAUAAUGGUGUCAUAGACUUGAAGAGACAAAAGCUUGCGCCACAAUCCACAUUACAAAGUACAACUGUUCCGCAAUUUCCUCUAAAACAAGUAGGAGGUAUCCUACAACCUACAUCUAUGCAAAUUGGUGAUGAGGAUGAAGAUAUGGAUGAUGGAAUUACAAGUCCCUUUGACCUUGAUGAAAAAAUGGAGAAUAAGGCUCUUAGUCCAACAUCUAAACUCGCAAAACAACUUGGUAGCUCAUCACAUAAGGUACAGCUAAUGAAAGCAUCAUUUUUUCAGCCCCAAGAUUUAAAUAUUGAUGGAGAAUAUUUAGAUUAUGAUGAUGUAGUUGAACAACCUGCUUAUAAAAUAAAUGGUUACACAUUUGAACCUAAACAGCUGGCACAAGCUUUGUCCUGGUACAAUAAGAGUGGUUAUACACGUCUCAAAUCAGAUUCUUACUUCAAUGUCGAAACCCAAGAGGAUGACGAUGUAUCAACUACUAGUAUUCGUGAAAAAGAAGAUGGUGCUUUUCCUGAUAUACCAGAAUAUAUACCACAAGGUAUUCAACCAAAAAUGUAUGUCCUGAAGUUCUGGAAAGAAGUUAUGCCUCUAGAAAAGACAACAAUAGGGAGCUUGGAUGCCAGGUGUCUUGCUGACGUAGGCAUCUUUAAGGGAAGGAGCUUCACACCUGGCUGGGGCCAUUCUUUACAACUCACGGCUCUCUCAACAGUUUCGGCAGUAUCAAGGGAAGCUGUUCUUACAGGGAGGUUGGUUCAUGACACAUCACCACAGAUUCUUCAAAGGCUGGCAUUAAGAAGCUCUAAUAAUGAAGAAACUAAUGUUAGCUUUCAAAAUACUGGAGAAGCUCACUUGGAGUGUGCAUUGAAACAUAGUACUUUUGUUCAAAAUGACAAUGGGUCACCAUUUGUCACUCCUAAUAUUGGAUUUUCUGAACUCCACGAUCACCACUCAGUCGCUCAACAGCUUUUGGAAGGUUCUUCAACCACUAGCACGGAAACGCUUCAUGCUAGCAUCUGGGGACUUUGUCAGGCGCUCUGGGGAUAUUUACCAAUCAAUGCUGAACCAAAUAGUCAUUUAUGCCUUAUGCAAAGGAAACUGGCAUUAUCUGAUUGGCUGAAAAAUGUGGUUUUAUCAAGUGUUUCUGAUGAUAUAAAACGUGCUGAAAAUUUAGAAAAUGAUGACUCUUCAGUAAAUAAAGUGUAUACUUAUCUCACUGGGAAUCAGGUUGCUGAGGCAUCCCAGGCUGCUCAGAGCAUAGGUGAUUUCCGCCUUUCAUUGCUCUUAUCACAGAGCAGCAGUGGGCCUGGAGUUAGGGCAAGAGUUCAACAGCAACUAUUGCAGUGGAGAGAAACAGAAUCAGACCAGCGUAUCAACACCUCAAGGAUAAAGGCGAUGAUGGUAGUUGCUGGUAUCCCAGUCCACAAUGCCUCUGAUAGACAAAUCAAUACCUGUUGUGACUUAGACUGGCUGAGGGCUUUUGCUCUCCAUUUAUGGUACAUGACUCCUUUCAUUGGUUCUCUUACAGAUGCACUACUCAUGUAUGAGAAGGCUUUUCCAAAUGGCAACAAUUCAGGCUAUUAUGCUAAACCACCAUACCCAUCAUAUUGUAGUAGUAAUCCUAGUGAUCAAGUUGAUUUAGAAAAUGCCAUUUUUGAUGUGAGGUUUCACCUCCUUAAACUCUUUUCAUCAAAAUAUCACCCUUUAGAACCAAUGUUCAAUCCUGCUACAUAUACUACUGAUAACUUGGACUAUAGCAUGAGCUGGUUUUUAAUGAGAGUAUUGUCCUCGCUUGGCUAUUCGCACGUCAGUGAAGAGGCUGCCUGUCUUGUUCACAGUAGCUUUGCAGCCCAACUCGAAGCUGAAGGCUUAUGGUACUGGGCAAUAUUUGUGUUGCUACAUGUUCCUAAUCCUAUCAGGCGAAAAAAUGCUGUUAAAGACAUGAUUAGUAGACAUAUAACUGUCAGUGAACUCUCUGAAGAGGAGCAGUUUCUACUGGAAAAACUAAACAUACCUUUAGGGUGGGUUUAUGAGGCAAAAGCACAAAAAGCUGUCUUCCUAGAAAGAUAUGAUGAAGCAGCCAAAUUUCUUAUAAAGUCUGAGCAGUGGAAUGAAAGUCACACUAUUAUUGUGGAUCAUAUAUCAUCUAAAGCAAUAGUGAAUGAGAAGUAUGAAUAUUUAGAGACUCUCCUAAAAGAAUUAAGUAGAAAUGACAGGUACAAAGAAAUAUUCAAUUGGGAUUCUGCUGGUGGAGUUAUUCUUGAAUAUCUUGGAGUCGUGAGAGAGGUUGAAAAAAUGGUAGCUGCCCAGGACUUAUCUAUUGGUUUUCAUUUGGAGAGAUUGCAACCUCAAUUGACAGAUCUUUGUAAAAAAAUUAAACUUCUCAAAGUCAACAAACCCUUAGAUAGAUUAAGUCAAGCAGAAAUGGCUAAAAGGAUAUCUGGUCUAAUCCAGAAUCUUAUUGUUGCUCACUGCAGUAAUGAAUCCCAAGAAGGUGUUAAUAUAUUAGCAAAGUUGGUGAAGGAACUACCUCUACCGGGUGACCAUUCACAAUGGGAGUGGCUGCGGGUGAUGGCUUCUUGGCGGACCAGCGCAACUGAUGCUAUACCCGUUACAUAAAACAGAAGAAUACUAACUUUUAAAUUUAAAUUAACUUUCGUAACGUAUUUACUGUCUUUUGUUACUCUCUCAAUUUCAUAAGAUUGCUAUAUUAUGUAAAAUCUGCUCUGAUAACUUUUUUUUUUUUAAUGUUAUAUAACUGAGGAGUGUUUUUAUUGUUAUAUAUUUAUUGAAGAUUUCUCAAAUGUAUAUGAUGUAUAAUUGUUAUGUAAAUGUAUUCCAAUUUUUCAUUUAUAUCUUAAAUAUUGUUUGUAACGUGUGAAGAAUCGAUUAGAACGUUUUAUUAGUUUUUUUUUUAUGAAAAGAACAGUUUUUACAUUGUUGUUUACUGUUAAAAUCUAUAAUAAAUAUGGAAUUAAAGAGAUUUGAAAUACCAUCUUACUUUUAGAUAGAGGUAAGAUUUUCUUCCAGCCAUGUAAAUAUUAUAUCCUAUUUGUUAACGAUGCAGCUUUCUAGCUAGGAAUAAAUAAUUAGUAGAAGUAACUUGCUAUUGUUCGGUACUGUUAUAAAUGUGAUAUAAUGAGAAAAUUAAUUUGUUAUUCUAUCCGUGCGUAAUUGAAUAAAGAUUAUAGUUUUAUCAUUAA